CUUUGAUAUCCCUUUGCUCUUCAACUCGCUUGCCCCGCAGCGUACCAUCUGUGCUGUUGUUCUCCGACAGCGGGAGGGACAUUGAAGGGGUCAUGCCACUCAAAGUCGUGCUGGACGGUCCGGCCCCCUGGGGGUUCCGGCUGGCCGGAGGAAAGGACUUCAACCAGCCCCUGACCAUCUCCAGGAUCACCCCCGGCAGUAAGGCCGCCGUCGCCAACUUGUGUGCCGGAGACGUGAUCCUGGCCAUCGAGGGGGUCCAAGCCACGGACCUGCUGCACUGCGAAGCCCAGAACAAGAUAAAAGAGUCCACCCGUCAGCUCAGUCUCACUGUUCAAAGGAAUGAAUCCCGACUGUGGUCCCCACGUGUUGUGGAGGAGGGUAAAGCUCUCCCGUAUAAGAUGAACCUGGAAGCAGAACGGCAGGAGUUCAAACCCAUCGGCACGGCUCACAACCGGAAAGCUCAGCCGUUUGUCGCGGCGGCGAACCUCGACGACACGCACCAGGUGGUCAGCAGCGCCUACAACACCCCGAUAGGCCUCUACUCCUCAGGCAACAUCCAGGACGCCAUGGAGGGCCAGAUCCGAGGCCUGGUUCUACCCAAGCCCGACAGCACCAGGACCUUGGCCAGCAUCGAGGACUCUGACGUGUACCAGAUGUUACAGAGGGACCAGGAGGAACCCCAAGAGCCUCGGCAGUCCGGCUCGUUCCGGGCGCUGCAGGACUUUGUCGACAGCGACGCUAUUUACAGGGUUUUUUUACGCACAUCGGGACCAUUUUUGGCCUCUUCCACGUGUGGACGAGAGGAGCCGGGGAAUCGAACCGACAGCCGGUGCGAACAACCCGCUGCAACUCCGACGCCACCGUUGAAUUUACUGAACCACGUUGCUCAUCUGAUGACCUUCUGACUGUGGCGUACAACAGUUAUAUAGAUUCCAUUUUUUUUUUCGGGCCACAGGGAACAAAGAUGAAGAUUAACACCAUUGUUUGAAUCACGUAUGCGAUAUAUUUUGACCCUGCAUGAUUCAUAACGUACACAGCAUGCCACACAAUAUAUAGUUAAGGCCCGCCCUCGUGUUUUUACCCGUGUUCGAGUCGUGUAGUGUCGAAGCUACACAAUGCUUCGUUACAAAAAGCACUCCUCCAUGUGUUUCCUCUGUUAAUUGAGUUGUAAAAAUGCAUCCUGAAAAGCUUUGAAGUUAUGAAAUAUGCUCAUGCCCGACAAGGAAGCAUUCAUUAGGACUUCGAGAGGCUAUAAGUGUCCUUGCCUCACUUCUCUUGUUUUGUUUUGAGUGUUUUGUUUGUGUUGUUUGUGAGCACGGGGUUGUUUUGAUGCGUGGUCUCUCU